AUGUCAUUUUUUGUACUGUUGUUAGUGAAAAUGGAUGUGCCGGCGAAAGGAAAUAUUUUAGGGCGGUUCAUAUCCGCCCGUUACAUUCUCGCGGUGCUGGGUUCCAUCGGCAUGGCGAUAGUGUAUGGGUUGAAGGUGAAUCUCUCCGUCGCCAUGGUGGGCAUGCUGAACCAUACCGCCAUCAAGAUGAACGAGGGGAAACCAGACCAUGGCAGCCAUAACAAUACGCUUGCUGAAGUCGACUGCGAGCCCGUUACAAGCUCCGCGCAUGCUAAGGAAGCAGAUGGACCAUUUACGUGGUCCACCGAAAUCCAGGGAAUUAUACUCAGCUGUUAUUUUUGGGGAUAUUUCGUCUCGCAGAUUCCCGGUGCGCGUAUAGCCGAGUUGUUCUCAGCCAAAUGGGUGAUGUUCUUCAGUGUGUCCAUCAACGUGGUGUGCACGCUGUUGACGCCGGUGAUGGCGCAGGCGCACCACGCGGCUGUGGUGGUCAUGAGGAUCGGAGAGGGAAUUGGAGGGGGCGUAACGUUCCCUGCAAUGCACGUGCUGCUGUCCAAAUGGGCGCCACCAGCCGAGCGGAGUGUGAUGGCGGCGCUAGUUUACGCCGGGACUUCCCUGGGCACAGUCAUCUCGAUGCUUAUGGCUGGAGUGCUUACUGCUAACCUUGGUUGGGAGAGCGUGUUCUACGUGAUGGGCGGUCUGUCGUGCAUAUGGUGCGUGCUGUGGGUGCUGCUGGUGCAGGACUCGCCACAGCAGCAGGCACUCAUUAGCAAGGAGGAACGCGACCUGAUCGUCACCUCACUAGGAGGGAAAGCCGAUGAUCAUGAUCAUAAGAAAUUACCUGUACCGUGGAAGUCAGUGCUGACGUCUGGUCCUUUCCUGGCCAUCCUGGUAGCGCACGCAUGUUCCAACUGGGGCUGGUACAUGCUGCUCAUCGAGCUGCCCUUCUACAUGAAGCAAGUGCUGAAGUUCAACAUGGCCGAGAAUGCAGUGGCAACGGCGCUUCCGUUCCUCUCGCUGUGGUUCUUCAGUCUAGGUCUCAGCAAAACUUUGGAUUGGCUUCGCGGGAAGUCUUACAUAACCACAACUACAGCCAGAAAAAUCGGCACUCUGUUUGCGUCAGUGGUGCCGGCGACGUGUCUGUUGGUGCUUUGCUACGUGGGCUGUAACCGCGGCGCGGCGGUGGCCUUCACCGCCAUCGGCGUCACUGCCAUCGGCGGCAUGUUCUGCGGCUUCCUGUCCAACCAUAUCGACAUCGCACCCAACUUCGCAGGUACCCUUAUGGCGAUGACUAACACGGUGGCCACGAUACCAGGCAUCGUAGUACCAAUUUUCGUAGGCGUUUUGACCCAUGGCAACCAAACAAUUUCAGCGUGGCGGGUGAUAUUCUUCGUCACGAUAGGGUUGUAUCUAAUCGAGAUAGUGGUGUACACGUUGUUCGGCUCCGGGGAGCAACAACCCUGGAACCAGGUCCAGCAGACAAAGGAAGACCAGCCCGAGGAAAAACUAUAA